GGAUACACAAAAUAAUUUAUCAACGUUCAUAAUGUUUUUCGUUAUUAUAAUUUAAAAGAAAAAUGUCAGCUUAUAAAUAAUCCAUGACCUGAGAUGAAAACUUCACAUAUAAUAUAUUUCAGUAUACAUGGAAUGAAUGAGGUAUGAAAAUUCAACAGCUUGCUCCAGUUGUCAUUAAAAAAUUAAGAUCUGAUGUAGCAUUUACAAGUGUUGCCCACUGCAUUGAAGAAUUAGUAUGGAAUGCUAUCGAUGCAGAUGCAAGCUGUAUUGCUGUUCGAUUGAACCUACCUUUUUAUCGAAUUCAAGUUGUGGACAAUGGGAAUGGAAUAUCCCCAGAUGACAUGAAAUUGGUUGGUACAAGAUAUGCUACAAGUAAAUGCCAUUCAUUAGAAGAUCUGGAAAAUUUAAAGUAUGGUGGAUUUCGAGGAGAGGCUUUGUCUAGUUUGAAAGAGAUCGCCUCUGUUUUAAUGAUAGAAUCUCGUUCUGCUGGAUCAGAUGAAACAUAUUGUAAAAUAUUCACUAAAGGUAUUGCAUCAAAACCUAAAAGAUCAAAUGGUUCUCGUCCCAGUAAAGGUACAACUGUGACAGUUUUAGAUUUUAUGUAUAAUAUGCCUGUUAGAAGGAGUGCUAUUUCUGAAGCUUUAGAUCUUGAGGAUACUCGUAAAUUACUCCAAAGUAUUGCCUUAGUUCAUCCUGGAAUAUCAUUUUCACUUCAAAAUGAAGCAACAAGAGAGAUUUGUUUUCAAUUUAAAAAGUGUAGUUCAAUAUUUAAUGCAUUUAUCCAAUUGUUUGGAAAAAGCAAAGCAGAAAAUUUAAAACACAUUCAAGAACAGUUUGAUGAGUAUGAAAUUCAGGGUUAUUUAAGUACUGAUAGUUAUUUUUCUAAAGAUCUCCAGUUUCUCUAUGUUAAUCAACGUCUUAUUCUUAAAACUAAAAUUCAUAAAUUAAUCAACAAUACUUUAAAAAGAGCUCUUUUCACCAAGCAGUUAUCAAAAUUAGAUAUUUUAGAUUCGUCAUCACCUAGCAAGAAUAACCUUGGGAAAAAUCAAAUUCAAUAUGGUAUAUUUGUUUUAAAUAUUUUAUGCCCUUAUUCCAAAUAUGAUGCAAUAUUUGAUCGGCGACGGACUAUAAUUGAAUUUAAAGACUCUGAUAAAAUUUCCAAACUUAUUGAUAAAGCCCUCCUUAAUUUCUUAAAAAAAGAGAAACUAGUCUGCAUUUCAGAGGAGGAAAAUAAAUUACAAUCAUCUAAUAUUACUUUCAAUCCUAAUGAAAUUACUGAUGCAUAUAAUUAUAAAUAUGGAUUAUUUUCACGUGCAGCUAAACGCUUGAAUACUAUCUCAGUACCUUCAGAAUCAUCUAGAAGUGCUUCAACUAAUGAAGAUUGUUAUCCAGUUGAAAGCAUUUCCUUACAUUCUGGAAGAAAUAAUGAAUCUGUUUUCACUAAAUCUCUUUUUGAUGCUGAAUUUAAUAAUGCAUCAUCGUCGACAACUUAUAGUACCAGAUUUGAGUAUAUAGCAAGUGAUGGUAAUAAGCUAAAUGAAGAUCCAAAUAAGGGAAAAAGUAUCCAUAAUGUAGAGCAGUCUAGAACUGGUCAGAAUUUAAUAACUUUGAAACAAGGUACUACAAAUGGAUCUAUUUUAGAUGGUAUAAGAUUAAAAUGUAAAUUUACUUCUAUAUCUGAUAGGAAUAAUAAUAUAAAUAAUAAUGUAAUAAAUUCUAUUGAAUCUCCUUCAACUGAAAUCCUUGACAUUCCUUGUAGAUCUGUGUUUCCAACAAAAAGUCCAAUUAUGCUUAGAGCACCUGCUAAAAGUACAUUGUCAUUAUUGCAAAAGAAGUACCCUCAGUCAGAUGCACUGCUUAAAUUGAAAGAGAAAUACCAGUUUGUACCAAAUAAGAGUGAAAAUAAAUUAUCUCCUAUUAAAAAUCAUCAGUCUUGUGUACAGCCUAAGAAUUGUAACAAGGCAUGUAAUGACAAUAAAAGUAGCUGCGAAGGAACAAUGGAAAGUAGAGAAAUGCCUAUAACAAGCAGUUUUAAAAAUAAUUCACAUCAAAAUUUUAUCUGCAACUUACCAUGCUUAGAUGCACAAGAAACAAAAUCUUUUCAGUAUGCCUCAGUUGUUUCUGAAUCCCAAAGUAAGGUAUUAUCUAAAUAUUCCUUUAAAAAUGAACCCAAACCUUUAGCUUUACAGAAAUUAUCUCGCUCUAAUAAAGUCAGUGCAAAAUCCCUUACUAAGAAUCUACAUUUGGGUAGAGAUAUGAUUGAUAACUAUAAUUAUGAAUCGGAUGUUUCCAAAACAAAGAAAAUUAAAUUUGUUGUAGAGAAUUUUCCUGAUCAUAAGAUGUGUAAGCAUCAUUCUGUUACAAAUGAAGUGAUGAAAAGUGCUGAUUCUGUUUACUCAUUUGAGAACACAUCAGUUCAUAAGAAUUUUAAUGAAACCAAUGUUGGUCUGAAAUUUUAUUCUCAUGAAAAUAAUUAUAUAGAUGCUAAUAGCACAAUCAGAUCUCAAAAUCUGAAAAGCACAUCAAAUUUGAUAUCAGAUCAAUAUAAUACAUUUUUAUUGCAAACUUUUACUGUUACAGAUAAAUCUAAUAAUUUACAUAAUAAUAACACACUUAGUGAUACAUCUCAUUCUAAUGAUUUCCCUAGCCGCGUUUUUUGCCGAGACUUAAGUAAAGACAAUGUUAGUGAAUGUCCUUUGAAAAAACAAACUGAUUGUGAACUAAUUUCUCCAGAUGUUUGUAUCUCUAAUUCUAUAACAGCAGAAUCAAAAGUUCAGGUAUUUAGUGAAGAAAUGGAGAAUAUUGCUACAGAUACUGAAACAGAAACUAAACAUCUCAAUUCUAGUCAUGAUAUAUCUGUUAAUAAGCAAAAUAUGCACAAUCUUUUGAAAAUCCGUAGUGAAAAACUAAGUAAUUCUGGCAACUGUGAUAAUAACUGUGCCUUUUCUGAAGAACAUUUUAACACACAUGAAAUUUGUAACAAAGAAUGUAUUUCAACUAUAUCAGAAAGCAGAAGCCUGGUGACCAGAGCAGAAAGUGAAUUUGAUUUAGAAGCAUCACCUAUUAUUCCUUUGCAACAUAAAAAUGCAGUAAACCAUGCAUUUAAUACUGAUAUUAAGGAAUUUAAUUCCAUGGUUCCGUGUUCUGAUGGGUAUGAAAUUUCUGCACUAUCUGCUGAAACAGGUUUUACCUUUAACUCACAAUCAGUAUUAAACUCUGUAAAAGAAUUCAUACCUGUAGUGCAAGAAAUAUCAAAUGAAAAUCAGUUUUCUUAUCCAAAUCAGACUGAUUUUGACAUCAGGAAUGAAAAGUUGCUGAUAGAAAAUAACAUUGCAGACUCAGAUUAUCUUGAAGCUGAGUUUGAAUAUAAGUUUAAUGGUGAAUCUUCAAAUGAUAAAUGUGAACCAUCUAGUGGUAUACAUCAAAAUAUUCAAGUUUGUCAUGCCACUGAGCUUUCACUUGUUAAUCAAAGGUUAGAAGUUGAAUGUGCUGAUUAUCCAAAUAAACCUAGUACAUGCUCAUCAAAAUCUGUGGUUAAUAAACAUCAGUAUGAAUCUCAGAAUGAGGAAAAUGAAAUCAUUGCAGAGGUUUCAUGUCUAGAAGAAGGUGACACAAAUUUAAAUGUAGAUAAAUGCUAUGAAUCUCGUAAAGAGCAAGAUGGCAGAAGCAGUGUAAAUGUUUUGAAUAUUCCUGUGCAAAAUAACUGUGCAUAUGUUCCUUCUGCAGACAGGAAAAAUAAAGAAGCACAGUGUGAUGAUUUUAUUAAUUAUAAUGCUAGUGCAGAAAGCUCUUUGAAUAAUGAAAUAAGUAAUGAAACAAAUUCAACUGAUGCAUUGAUAGUGAAAUCCUUUGAAAAUAAAAGCUCCCAGACUGUUACUGAUGCAGAAAUUAAUUCUGUUGAUGAAAAAGCUUUGAGUGACAAAUUGAUAGGUAAUAUGGAAAUAUCCAAUAGAUGGAUAUGUCAAACAGAUCCAGAAACAAAAAGAGUCACUUACAUAGAUACAAUUACUGGAAAUUCUUCAUUUUUUAUGCCUGAGCAGAAGGAGUUGGAUGAAACAAAAGAGUCAGUUUCAGGUCAUUUUAAGAAGGGGCACUUUUUUCUGUCACAUGAUUUUUCACCAUUUAUGCCAAAAGAAUCAAGUCCAGGCAUAACAGAUGAUGUAUCCAUAUCUGACCUCCAGACUGAAUUGACAGAUUUUGUUGAAAAUGAAGAGAAAAAGGAGUGGAACUGCAAAUGGAGAGAUAAUAAACAAGAAAGCUCUUAUUGUGACAAUAAUGUAGAAGAAAUGUUCAACAAGUGGGAAAAUCCUAUGUUUAAUAUUUCAUCAGAGGCAAAUUGUGCAGAAGACCCAAAUAUUUCUCAGAAUGUUCCUCAAAUGUAUGGUGUUCUGAACUCAUAUCGUUUUUCAAAAAGUACAUUACAGAGUUUACAAGUUAUUGGACAAGUAGAUUGCAAAUUCAUUGCUUGUGUCCUUCAAGAUUUCAAUAAUGGCUGCAAUGAUCAAAAGUUGCUUGCAUUGUUUGAUCAGCAUGCUGUUCACGAACGGAUAAGGCUAGAAGAACUUUCCGAGGAGGUUUAUGAAACUGCAGAAAAUGGUGAGAGAAGAAUAAAGUCUGUACCAAUCACUCCAUCACUGCAGAUAACAUUAGAAUCAGAAGAAGUUAGACUUCUGCAUGCCUAUCAUAUAUACCUGAGACAAAUAGGGAUUCACUUAUCUCUAAAUAAUGAUUCUAAUGUAAUCGAUGUAUAUUCCAUUCCUGCCGUUUUCGUUGAAAAAGAAACUAAAGAGCUACGAAAGAAGUUGCCUGAAAUUUCUUCUUUAGUUGAGAAACUGAUCCGAGAGUGGUUAACGUCUUUAAUACAAACUAGAAGUCUCUCUUAUAUUAUACCAAAGACUUUGAGCUCAGUGUUAAAUUCACAAGCUUGUCGAGGUGCUGUAAAAUUUGGUGAUCCACUAAGUUUGUCUCAAUGCGAGAAUUUAUUAAAUUUGCUAUCAAACUGCAAAUUACCUUUUCAGUGUGCUCAUGGUAGGCCUUCUAUAGCCCCAGUUUUGGAUAUUAAAAAGAUAGAAGCAUUGUGUAAAAAGAGAUUGCCACCAAAAUUAGAAAGCUUAUCUUUAAGGAUGUCAAAUAAUUAGUUAUGAAGUUUCUAGAACAAUAUAUUCCAGAACAUUUUGUACGUUAAGAAGGUCCCUAAAUGGAAUUUUUUUAAAACUUAUGAUUGAAUUUUGAAGCUUUAAUAUUUGUGCUCUGAUGAUGACACAAAUGAAAUGAGCAAUGAAAUAAGUGAAAAAUUCUGCAAAAGAUAAUGACAAAAAACAUCUGCUACUAAAUUUAAUAACAGUGACUGCUGUGUUUUCAAAAAUUUUUAUCUACACAAAAAACACAUUGUACAGAUUGUGCUGAAUUUUCAAAAAUUUAAUAUUUAUAUAGAUAUUUUUAUACACCACUAGUGCUGUUGAACUUUCUUUUUUUUUUUUAACCCGUUAUUUAUUAUCAGUUCAGUAUUUUAAUUUGUUUUUCUUAAACUGCACAUAAGAAUGUGUGAUUUAUUUUUAUAAAAGAUGGUUUAAUUCUUAUACAUUUUUAAUGAAAGUGAUAUUUGUGCCAUCUUCUAUAAAUUUCAGGCAUAAAGAAUAAUUGUAAAAUAUUUUUUUCUAUUAUAAUUUUAAUUCCAUCUGAAUAUUUAUAUUAUUUAUUCAUUUAAUGAUAAAAUUUAUAGUUAUAGUUUUGUUCUCUAAAGAAUAUGAAUUGUCUGUUAUUUCUGUAUAUUAUAUUUAUGUAUGAAAUGAAAAUUAAAUUUUAUGUAUUUCCUUAAAACGACAUAAAUAAUUUUGUACAUAACAGAGAUAAAUGAAUUAUCAGUCCAUUGAUUUGCUUUAUAAAGCUUUUUGACAAAUUAUAUAUUGAUUUCAUGAAAGUGUUUAGAAAAUUAUCUGUUAAAGAAAGAUGCCUUUGUAUUAGAAGACUUUCCAAGGAAAAACAGUUUGCAUUUAUGGCUUAAAGUAAUGAAAAAAUUCCAUUCAGUCACUAGGAAUUAAACCUGAAACAAACUACCAGUGUCCAGUAGUCUCAUUUACUCGCCCAUUAACGGAGCUUCAUUGUUUUAGAACAUGUUAUACAAAUAAAUAAAGUCUACAAUUUAAAAUAUUGUGAAUCAAUAAUGAAGCCUUAUAAAAUUUGUGCAUGAGAAAUGGGGAUGUUUAAAUUAUGCAAAAAAAAAGAGUUUCAUUAGCAAGAUUUAUAUGGCCGUACCGAUAUAAUGGUACAAAAUAAGAGAAAAAUAUAAAACUGGUUUGACAGAAAUUUUCUUUUACAUGUGUUUAAAAUUUUAAUUGUAGAAUAAGAUUUAAUAAAAUAUGCUUGUAACUAUGGGUUUUUAAUUACGAUUUUGACAUUCACAGUACUGCCAAUUCAUCUCAAUUGCAAAAUGUCCUCGUAGCUGCUUCGGACAUCAGUUCCAGCAAAACUAUUUUGGUUGGGAACCCUUCAAUGGUAGAAGGAGAAGAAGCUAAUUUUUCAGAAAAUUUUCUGCUAUCCUGAUGUGUCUAUAGGUAUAAUACACCCUAUUAGUAUCACAGCACUUUAGAUGAGCUCAUAACCACCAUCCUAAUUGAUCCCAAAGAUGCAUGCUCAUAUGGGUUAAGAAUAGGACUUUCUUUUUUUCAGUCAAAUUUUUUGUUCCAAAUCACUCUUAUGAUCUGUGCUUUAAGAACGACCAUGUUAUCAUUAUAGGCCAAUUGCAGAAUGCUGUUGUUAUAAAGUAGCAAAAUGGAACUGUAAUGCCCACAAUCUUGAAUACUUAGGUUUUUCAAGAUUCUGGGGGGGGGGGGAACCUGGCAGACCAAGAUCAAGUGAAGAAAAACUGGCUUACAUGGGAAUUCCUCCUACACAAAAUUUCGUAGAGGACAGUGUGUUUCUGUACUCUCCAGCAAGUAGUGUUUCCUGGAUAAUUGCUGUCCAUAAGAUCUCCACAAUAUAUAGUGCGAUUUCCUUUAUCUACAAAAUGUUCUUCCAUUGUUCUUUACACAAUUGUAGUCAAUGGGUAACAUUUCAUUCAGUGAUCAUUAGCUUGCAUAUUACAGUUGAUCCACAUAAUUCAAAUGCAAAUAUCAUACAACAGAUAAUACAAAAGCUAGCAUAACUUCCCAUAAACAAUUUAUAAUCUGAAAAUUUGUAACUGUAAGCUCUAAUGAGGCCUGCUGAAUCGAUUCAUUGCACAUCCAAAGUAUUGACAGUUCUAAUAUGUCAAUUUUUUGGGCUUCAGAGUUUGGAAUUGAGUUUUAUAAGUCUCUCAUAUUUUCUUUUCGUUAAUAUAUCAUUCACUGUUGCAUUUAGAAUUUGCAAAAGUCUUGCAAAUGGAAUGACCAGAUUGGUGUCUAAUGAUGAUCAUGCUAUGUUUGGCUUUACUCAGCUCACAUUAUGUAUUCAUUUUGAGAGCAGUUUUAGCAUUAAAUCUGUGAGCUCGCAUUUCUUUUAUUGGGUUAUGACUUGCAUUGAUGAAGCACCACUAAUGUUCUAGUGAAUUGUGUGCAAUUUUAAUGCAUUAAUGAUGCACACUAAUGUUGUAAUGAGUAUCUGUCUAUUAAUAGUGAAUUAUCAAAUGAAGUCAAUACAUUUUUCAAACUCUUAGUGAUUUUUUUAAUAGAACUGGACAAACAGAUUACUUUUUAAAAACAUAUUAUUGAUUAUCAAAAUUAUUUCUGUCAAAUAUAUUUAAUGUUAAGGGAGCAAUUAAAGCAAUGUCAGGUGUGCAGAAAGUGACAUUUUUCUAAUCACUUAUAUUAAUGUUGAUUGCAUUUUGAAAAUGUCAGUUAGUAAUGAUAAUGUUGUUGGAAGUUUGUGUACAAUAAAUCUUAGGAGGAUAA